AUGGAUUUUUAUGUAAACAGUUUUGCAUCUAGGAUACCAUGUACGAGGCUACACCGACAAAUACAGGAUCCUAGAGGCAGGAAUAUCGUGACUUGUGCCUCAAGCAACGACGGAAAACUGCUGGCAGUAGUCACUGCCCCAAAGUCACCCAGUGCAAUAGAAGGAAGCAUAAACUCACUCUUGCUUGGAGACAAACUAGAGAAAGCGUCAAACUACUUCAAAUCUGUCCUGAAACAGCAACGUAUCGCCUCGGAAGUAGACGCAGAGGAAUUGUCUAUCGAAAAGUACAUACGAGAUGACCUAAAUAGCGACUCAUUAGGCUCUCUAGUUGAUAAAAUCGCAUGCAACACAAGCUGCCUGGAACAUAUUAUAAAGGGUGGUGCGGAGCAGAAGACAAAAUUCCCAGAAAUUGUGCCCUGUAGCAUCAUACUGUACGACACCUUUUACUUUAACCCGGUAGAUGAGUUCAUAUAUGGAUACAAGCUCUCCACAAACAGUACAAGUUCUAACACUACACACUGUACAUUCUCCGUGGAGAGCAUAGAGUUUUCUCUGGAUGAUGAAUUCUUGAUCAUAACAUCAUUAGAUGAUGGAGCCAAAGUGUACUCGCUGGAGGGAAACUUUGUAGAACUGGUUUGUCACUUUAAGCCCAGUAUUUUGUCUAAAUAUCCUUUAUCCUGCUUCCGAUUAAUGACAUGUGAAAUUGAUUUCGACUCACCGACAGAGGGCAGGGUAGAGGACGUAAGCUAUUUGGAAAAGAUUGAUUUGGAUAUAGCUUCAUCACUAUCCACUGAAAGUUGUGAGUGUGUUAAUUGCAAGGAAAAACUUACAAGCCUCAAUUCAGAGAUUACCCAGGAAUGUGUCCCAUAUGUUUGGAAAUUGAUAUGCACAUGCCUAUUCUCAUUUUCUCAGCCAUUCAUUAUCCAAAUACACUCAUGUUGGCCCUCUGGGUCUGUAUAUGUCAAAAGUAUCAAGCCUUUAAUUCCACUGGACUAUAUUUCCAAUCUUAAUGGGCUUGACUCCUGUAUAAUGGUCAACUAUUUUAAAAAGAAAAUUUUAGAUGUUCAUGAAACUCUGGUUUACAAUAGCCACCUAAACUGGGCACUAGAACCAUACCUAUGUGAAAGUACACAAUAUUUGCUAACGGGUAAUCAACCGUUUGAUGAUAAGCCACAAGAGAUAAAAUUUGUUAAAUCUUUGGGGGAAAAACUCCUAUUUGCUGUAUAUAUUCCAAAUUUCGGAUUGUUAAUUUUAGAUGAAAAUGGUAAAGAACAGGCAAGUGCAACUGUUAAGGAACCCAAAUCUGGUUAUCAAAGUCUCAAGGUUACACAUGGAAAAUUUAUAUUGCUUAUUGGUUCGGAAUCUGUCAUAUGUUUCCGUAUAGUACUAGAUGAUGGUACUCUACGCUUUGAAGAGACUAUGUCUUCGGAGGAUGAUGUUUCAUCUACAGAAGAGGAGAUGUCCAUUGACAUGUAUACAUCUCAGAUAGCACCUCCACAAAGCAAGAUAGUCCUGGAAGAAAUCCUAAGACUACCGCUAGUUGCUGGUGUGGGUAGACGGGAGGAGUAUAUUGACGCAUGUUUUGGAGCUGAUCAAAGUGAAAGAUGGCUAUAUGUAUCUCUUGUUUGCGGAACUAGUGAGGCCCUUUUGUACGUUGUAGAUACGACAGGUGAUUCCAAGAAUGUGAUUAAAAAGGUUCUUAAUAUGAAUUCUGCAUUAUUUCCCGCAGCGAUAAUGAUUGAGCCUUUGAAUGGUUCAAUAUUGCUACUGCCAAGACAUAACAGGUACAUUAUCCAAAUGACCCAAGAGCAUAUUGAUAACUGGGAUGAGAUAUUUGUCAGAGGAUUUUGCCACUUUCCUGCACUAUCGACGAAUAAAGAGAUGAUUCAACUCAACAUGCCAAUGGGAGAUGUCAAUAGCAAGGCACGACCAAAGAAACGUACCGACAUUACAUAUAUUUUGGACCGUUCAUUGCGCAAUCAGGGACCAUCUGGGAGAUUGGACAUGGCUAAAUGGCUUGACAGACACUAUUAUAUGCAUGCCUACCGGAACUCGUACGGCUCUGCUCUUCGUAGAAAAAAACCACAGCUACCGCACGGAUACGACCCAGCCAUCUUCUACGAUGUAUUUAGAGAAAUUAGCUUGGAAGACAGUCCUGCUAAAAUUAGAGCGCAAAUAUACUCCUACGUGAAGAGUACGUUACUUGAUGGAUCUCUGAAUGCCUAUGCCAUCGAGCGUGAUAAGACAAAUGACCCGGCGUAUGCUAAGAUGGAGGAGGACCGAGAAAUUACCCACCCUGACAGAAUAGAACUCAUGGAAGGUCUAAAGGGGCACUUUUAUAGACUCCGUAAUAUGGACUACUUGUUGGCAAGAAUUUGUCUAUCUAGAAUGGGCAACCCAGCAAAGGAAGUUUUGAAUUUGAGUACCAACGAGUUUCUACUCCUCCAACUUUGUGGACUCCCGCAGAUCAGGAGACGACUAGGUCCAAAUGAAUGCAUUCAAAGGUUCGAGUACGUCAGGAUGAAACCUACAAGGGUGCCACAGCGGCCAACCGUCUCCGGACAAAAGACAGAAGUGGGCGCAAAACAACAGGCUCUGAAGCCAUCUGUACCCAAACCGGCACACCCAAAGCCAGUGUCUCUUCAGCCAAAGACAACGCCAGUAUACCCGAAACCGACGUACACCCAGCAAAAGACGACGCUCAUUCAGGACGAAGAACUACACAAACUGGAACCUCACAAGAUCAGGAAGAUCAUAAGGGACAGGAUAUACCGUCUUCGUCAGAAACUUGGCAAGAUCGAGGUCUACAAGGCCAAGAACAAGAUAAGCUCCGAGUACAAGGUCAAGAUCGACCACGAGCCCACGAUGGACGACUGCAAGAUCCCAGCGUUGCACUCCUUUAAAGAUUUCAACAAGAUUUUAAGGAUCGAAUCGAAUAUCAAAGCAAAAAUUAAAGCACUAAGAGAGUUUAUACUCUCAACCAAAACUGCCACAUAA